AUUUGCUUGUAGAUGAUUGAAAUUUCUCACCAUAUCAAUGCUAAUCACAAGCAAGCCUGUAGCGACCUUGAAAAGGCCAGUCUACUCAUCACAGAAGCAUUGCAGAGUGAGAUCCAGAGGAACACAACUCUAUGCAUGUUAGUCCACCGUCUGGAAGAGAGGGCAGCUGAGAAUGGAAGGAGCCAAUCAGAGCAGGUGGAGUCAAACCGGCAGCUGAAGCUCCAGGUGGAUGAACUACAGAAACAACUGGAGGACAAAGACAACUCACUAACACAAGCCAAACAGAAUAUUGCUGUCCUGAAGAAUGAACUGGUGGACCUGAAACAGCAGCUGCAGACCCACCAGAGUAGUCACAGGACGAUUCAGGAGGUGACUGAGUGGCAACAGGAUGAGAAGCUGACCAUUAUUGUGAAAGAGGAGCAUAGUGUCCAGCAGAAUGUUCUUGUUCCAGAACUUCCAGUUAAAGUAGAAGAUGCUAAUGAUGAAUAUCCGUAUAAUCGAUCAGAUGAAACAGACGCCUCCACAGAACAGACAAACUCUCCAUCUGCAGGCAUUAGAACGGAACUAGUGCAGGAAGAAGAUGAAAAGUUAGACAUGAUUCCAGUCGUCAGCUCUGAUCCACAUCCAGUCAAGUUUUUGAGAUUAUCAGUGCAAUUGGUUGACUGUUGUGCAACACAAGGUCAUCAAAGAACAACCAGCAAGAAAAAUGAAGCUGGAGAAAACGCCAAUAAUGGAGACAAGCGUCACCACUGUGACCAAUGUGACCAGAGUUUCUCACAUGCACGAACCCUCAGGAGACACAAGCUCAUCCACACAGGAGAGAAACCUCACAAAUGUACUGAAUGCAGCAAAUGUUUUAGACGUUUUGAAGGUCUCAUAUUGCACAGGCGCAUUCACACAGGCGAGAAGCUCCACCACUGUGGAGAAUGUGGCAAAAAUUUCACACAAGCAUGCGGCCUCGCCAGGCACAAGCUCAUCCACACAGGACACAAGCCGUACUGCUGUGGAGAAUGUGGCAAGAGCUUCACAUGCGCAAGCGACCUCGCCAGACACAAGCUCGUACACACAGGAGAGAGGCCGUACUAUUGUGACCAAUGUGGUCAUAGUUUCAGGAAAGCAGAGCACCUCAGGAAUCACAAGCUCAUCCACACAGGAGAGAAACUUCACAAAUGUACUGAAUGCAGCAAAUGUUUUAGAAAAUCGGAUGAUCUGAAAAGACACCAGCGCAUCCACACUGGAGAGAAGCCGUACUGCUGUGGAGAAUGUGGCAAGAGUUUCACACAAGCAAUCGACCUCGCCAGGCACAAGCUCAUCCACACAGGAGAGAAGCCGUACUGCUGUGGACAGUGUGGCAAGAGCUUCAGGGAAGCAGGAACCCUUAAGAAGCACAAGCUCAUCCACACAGGAGAGAAACCCUACAAAUGUACUGAAUGCAGCAAAUGUUUUAGAGAAUCUGGAGCUCUCAAAGAGCACCAGCGCAUCCACACAGGAGAGAGGCCGUACUGUUGUGGACAGUGUGGGAAGAGUUUCAUGCAUGCUGGAACCCUCAGGAAUCACAAGCUCAUCCACACAGGACAGAGACCCCUACAGUGUCCAGAUUGUGGGAGACGUUUUAAUCGGUGGGGGAACCUCAGAAGGCACCAGAGCACACAAGCACACAAGCACACAGCACACAAGCCUGUCCAACUGCAAACUGGAAACAGUGUGUCAAGCGUGGUGUAAAUGUACGACAUCUCGGCACACGGCACACACAUCCACAAUCACACAUGCGCAUUAACACAGACAGAAGAAGUAGACCUCUCGUCAUACACAUCCACAAUCAUACAUGCGCAUUUGCACAGACAGAAGAAUUGGACUUGUCUCACAUCCACAUUCACACAUGUGCAUUAACACAGGCAGAAGAACUAGAAAUCUCGCCACACGCAUCUACAUUCACACAUGCAUGUCAACACAUGGGAAGAACCCUUUGAGUGCCACAUGUUAAUAGUUAAGACAGUUUGGGGCUGUCACAUGGUACCAGCAGACGUGUGGUGUCCUGAUGUAGCCUGGCAUGACGGACUGAAACAUUAGUGUGGAAUUUCACUAGGGGUGUAAAUCACAGCCUCCAUGGUGAUACGGUUUGAUUCGAUUAAAAAAAUGUUUUUCACUUCUAUUAUGUUAAUGGAGCUAGGGCAUUGGGCAGGGGCCAGCAAUUUUAUUAUUUUCGAUACUUGAGAAUAACAUACAAUACGGUUCGAUUAGAUGAUCGUCGGCCGUAGGAUCGAUGCAUCGAUACUGAUUAUUAUUUACACCUCAUAUAGCUGAGAGAUGUGAAUUUUUCUUAUAGUUCAAAUGGCCUCUGCACUGACUUAGCCAACACUGACUAAUCAAAUGACUAAGUUUCAUGGGUUCAUCUUGUUCACCAGUUUACUAUUCCUGAAGGCAAUGCACAAAAUAACUUGUAUGUGCGUAAAGUUGUAGCUUAUAGAAACUUGUAAAGGCUUGUUGAACGAUAUACAAUAUGCUUUUGUACCCAAAUCUGUUCCAUUUCUGUUUAAAAAUUGUACUGAAUUUUACUUAAAAGAAAACAGUUGUCCUGAUGUAGCUUGGCAUGGCGGACUGCAACAUUAGUCUGGAAUCUCACUGUUCAGAUAGCUGAGGGAUGUGAGUGGGACCACAUCUUUGUUCUUAUAGUUCAAAUGGCCUCUGCACUGACUUAGCCAACACUGACUAAUCAAAUGACUAAGUUUCAUGGGUUCAUCUUGUUCACCAGUUUACUAUUCCUGAAGGCAAUGCACAAAAUGACGUAUAUUAAUAUGUGCGUAAAAUUAUAGCUUAUAGAAACUUGUAAAGGCUUGUUAAACGAUAUAUACAAUACUUUGUACCCAAAUCGGUUCUGUUUCAAAGAUUUACUGAAAUUAGACUUUUA